CACCCUACUACUUCAAGGUCUCAGAGCAAGUGACGUCACCGAUUGAGACGCUAUUUACCGCUACACCUCUAACUAAGCGAGCCGUUUCACAUCCGUUACACUAGCACAGAAGACGCUUUUCUUUUUACUUUUUUUUUUUUUUUAGAAGAGAAAAAUAGGCGUGUGUGUGUAGAGGCGCAGGCUACGUUCCAACUUCAUGUUCCAUGAUGGGGAAAAUUCCUGGCUUUGGCAGAUGUCAGUUCACACCCAGCUGCUCCUGCUUUGUCGGCUAGGAGGAAGACCAGCUAGCCUUUUGCAGUGAGACUUUCAAAUGAUCCGAAGGGAAGCAAAGAGACCAAAGAAAGGAGGAGAGAAGGAUAGAGAGAGGGGGAGCUCUGAAAGAGAGAGGGAGAGGAGUGGAUCGCAGAGUGGACUGACCAUGCGUCCAAGGCCUAUAGGCAGAAACCCUCAUGAACUGUACUAUCUGAGAAUGCAGAGGACGAGAGAGAAGACUGACAAGAUGGAGGAGAGCAAAGCCAUGAGGAAGCUGCGGGUGUGCGUGGCAACAUGUAACUGGGCAGACUACUCCAAGCUGGCAUCCAUCAUGUUUGGCAUCAAGGCCAACCCGGAUGAGUUUGAGCUGGAGGUGGUGGUGCUGGGUUCCCAUCUCAUUGAUGAUUAUGGCAACACAUUCCGGAUGAUCGAGCAGGAUGACUUUGACAUCGGCUCCAAGCUGCACACCAUCGUGCGUGGGGAGGACGAGGCAACCAUGGUGGAGUCAGUGGGUCUGGCGCUGGUCAAGCUGCCAGAUGUCCUCCACCGUCUCCGUCCCGACGUUCUGAUCGUCCACGGCGACCGCUUCGAUGCCCUCGCCCUGGCAACUGCUGCCGCUCUGAUGAACAUUCGCAUCCUGUACCUGGAGGGAGGAGAGGUGAGUGGUACCAUCGACGACUCAAUCCGUCACUCCAUCUCCAAGCUGGCCCAAUACCACGCCUGCUGCACCCGCACCGCCGAACAGCACCUCAUCGCCAUGUGUGAGGACCACACUCGCAUCCUGUUGGCGGGCUGCCCCUCCUACGACAAGCUGCUGGCCGCCCAUCACCGCGACGACUACAUGGACAUCAUCAGGAACUGGCUCGGAGACAAUGUGAAGGAGCAUGACUACAUCGUGGCCCUGCAGCACCCGGUCACCACUGACAUCAAGAACUCCAUCAAGAUCUACGAGCUGAUGUUGGACGCCCUCAUCUCCUUCAACAAGCAAACGCUCGUCCUCUUCCCCAACAUAGACGCAGGAAGUAAGGAGAUGGUGCGUGUGAUGAGGAAGAAGGGUGUGGAGCACGUGCCCUUCGAGCAGUUCAUCCAGCUGGUGUGUCACGCUGGGGCCAUGAUCGGCAACAGCAGCUGUGGCGUCAGAGAGACCGGAGCAUUCGGGACCCCCGUCAUCAACCUGGGGUCCAGGCAGACUGGGAGAGAGACUGGUGAAAACGUCCUCCAUGUCCGAGACGCAGACACUCAGAAUAAGAUCUACCAUGCCCUGGAGCUGCAGUUCGGGAAGAGAUACCCCUGCUCAAAGAUCUACGGCGACGGGAAUGCGGUGCCUCGCAUCAUGAAGUUCCUGCAGGCCAUCGACCUUGAUGAGCCGCUGCAAAAGACCUUCUGCUUCCCCCCCAUCAGGGAGUGGGACAUCUCCCAGGACAUUGACCACAUCCUGGAGACUCAGAGCGCCCUAGCCAUCGACCUGGGGGGGACCAACCUCCGCGUGGCCAUCGUCAGCAUGAGGGUACGUGGUAGUGGUGAGGGGGGUACGUGA